AUGUGGGUAAAAGGCCUUCCUUUUAAGAUCUCCUUUUUCAUGUGGAAGGUGUGGAAAGCUAAAUUACCCUUAGAUGAUUUUAUGAGAAGGCUGGGGUAUUUCAUGCCAUCUAAGUGUUGGUGUUGUGCUGCACCUAAGGAGGAAUCAUUAGUGCAUUUAUUCUAUACAUCAAAAGCUACUGAGACAGCAUGGAGAUACUUCUUACCAAGAGCUGGAAUAGCUGUACAAGGUUUGACUUUACAUCAGGCAAUUACAAGAUGCUGGACUGCACCUGUGGUGUCUAGAUUGAAGCCAGUUAUGCAGGCUCUACCUUCCUGCAUAGUUUGGGAGCUAUGGAAGAGAAUAAAUAGCCUAAAAUAUGGAGAAGUUGUAUCAGUGAGCAGAGUAAUUUACCAAGUGUCCACACAUCUGCAGCACCCUGUACAGAUGAGAAAACCUAGCCUACAAGUACCCCACAGAUGGUCUAACUUGCUGACAAUGAUGGAGAACUAUACCCCAAGGCUUAAAUAUGACAAAGUAGUGUGGGAAUUUCCUAUGGAGGGCUGGAUAAAAGUCAAUACAGAUGGGGCAUCAAGAGGGAAUCCUGGAAGAAGUUCUAUUGGUUUUUGUCUAAGAGAUGCAUCAGGAGAGGUGAAAUAUGCAAUGGGAAGGGAGAUUACUGAAGGAUCUAACAAUGAAGCAGAAGCUGUAGCAGUUUUAGAGGCAUUGAGAAUAUGCAGGAUUCUAAAUUAUUCUCACAUAUGGCUGCAGACAGAUUCUAUGCUGAUGAAGAAUUCUAUUGAGGGAACAUGGAAACCACCUUGGUGUAUUUUGGAAUAUGUGGAAGAGAUAUUGAAGCUUCAGGAGGGGUGCAGGAUAAAAGUGUCACAUAUUUUCAGGGAAGGGAAUAAGUUGGCAGAUCAUUUGGCAAAUUAUGCACUUGAUUAUGGCAUGAUUGACUGCUAUAACUUCUGGGAGCUAGAUAUACAAGGAAGGAGAAUAGUGAAUGAGGACAAGAUGCAAUGCCCAUAUAUCAGAGUGAAAGUAGCAGGGCAUUAA